GCAAACGAAACGAGUUUGUUGUCCAGUGAAAGAAAGAAGAUUUCCAAUCACUCUUGUUUUGCACUUAAAAAAUCGCUGAUUCCAUAGAAAUUAGUGGUUUGUAAUUCGAUCGGAGGAAACCUGGAGAAGGCUAACUCAUUUUUGAUAUUUCUUUUUACUAUAUCCGCUGAUUUACGGCAACAGUAGUGUAGCAAACAAAAUAAAUUUCAACCUCCAUGGAUUACAGGGAGUCUACCCGGUGGUAUCUGCGCCGGCUCCACCAAACGGACUUUCUGACCGUAAACAUCGAAGCACAAACGGACAUCAGCAGAUCGGUUCGCUCGGUCAUCCCGUUGGAUAAGGCCCAUUUCCAGCACAUAUCCAAGCGUCAUUGCAUAAUUACAAGCAAACACGGAGUGGCUACCCUGACGGACGAAACGUCCACAACUGGAACCUAUGUGAACAAUCGGAAAUUUUGCAAGGAGCACCCAGGAUCGACGAUUCUCUCGGAAGGUGACCUUAUUGGAAUAGGAACGCCUUGCUAUCAGGAUGAAUCGUUCUAUCGUGAAAACGUGCAUGUUCUGCUUUUUCAAGUCUGCAAAGAUAGAAAUCGAAUCGUUCGCGAGGGCAAUGUUGAGGUGAUACUUGCCAGUGAUGAGGAACCCGAAGAUGUCAAAGUAUUUGAUUUGGAUCGAUCGGCGGAACAUGGCCAGGUUCCGGCACCGGCACAGAGAGAUGAACGACUUUAUCGUAUUGUGGAACGAAUCGAUCUGUCUUCGGACGAUGAAACGAAGCAAGAUUUGCAAUCAUCUGAAAGGGCGGCACGAUUGGAUGAACGAAUUUUCGAGGAAAAGGAAAAGAAAGCCAAGGAAUUGGGUAAAACGAACCACCAUGAAGAAAUUGAUCUUACCAAAGAAGCGCAGGCGAAUAAAGAAAAUAAACUACAUCAACGACAUAAUGAAAGCGAAAGCUUGCAAAACCAGGCGGAAGAAAGCAACAAGAAAAGAGAUAAGCACAAAGAAAAGAGAUCAGAUUCCCGCACGCAUCAUCAUCGGGAUAGAAAGAAAUCAUCUGAAAAAACAGAAACGAAAAGCAAAGACACAGAGAAAUUAAAAGAUGAAAUUGAUGAGUUGUUUCAAGACUCAUACUCUUACCCGGAGCGAUCCGAAUCUCAGAAUAAAAUACUGUCCAUCUCAUUGGACGACAGUGACGAAGACGAACUCGAUUUUAGUGAGCUUGCGUUAACGCAGUCAUACUAUCGGCAAGUAAAGAAAGAGCUUCUGGAAGUAGAGUCACAAGAAGAGGAACCAGAGCCAGAACCCGCAAUCGUAAGGCAAAUCAAAGCUGAAAAAGUUUCUCCGAAAAGAACACCAGUUGCUUUCGAUGAUGCUCCGAUUUAUAUAGAAGACGACGAUGAGGAUGAAGAUUAUUUGGAGGACUCAAAAAGAUGGUUUCAGCGCCUAUCACAAAAAAGUUCUCCGCUCAAGACUAAAGCCAGUUCUGGAGAUGAGGAGGUUCCGAUUAUUAAGGCGUUACCGAGCGAGAAACCAAUCGAGCUUGACGAGUAUUGUUCCAGAGAUCUGGACAUUCCUGAUGACAUCCUAGAUGUAUUUAAAGAACCAGAGCCUGUACCGGAAAAGUCAUCACCAGAACACAAUUUGUCGGGGAUCAAUAGAUUGCCAUCUGUCGAUAAGAGUGCUCCUAUGGACGUUUCAAUUGAAAACGCUGAUGAAUUUCUGGACAAUUUCUUCAACGAGUUAGAAGAUGACGACCAACAGAUGCCUAUUCAGCACUCUACAGAUGUUUUGAAUCCACCCGGCUCUGUUCCAUCAGCUGCUCCUCGAAGUGUUUCUAAGACUCUGUUGCUUAAAUCACCAGACGCUGCUCGAACGCCAAUGAACGAGAAGAUUUCCGAUAGCGCAUCAAAAGCUUGGAUUAGCAAGAAAGUUCCUGUCAUUGAGCCGCAUCACAUACUCAAACGACGAACGAGCGUCAGUGCGGCAUCGUUGAGCAAAAAGCCACCAAAAAUGCCCAAACUCUCUCCAGUUCGAAAGCCUGAGGUCACCAAAGAGGUUCGAAAGCAAAAAUUAAAAGAAAUAACCGCUAAGAAAAAUCAAGCGAACGACGGUGAUUCGAAGCAUAAGAGCAUUACAAAACCAAAAGUUAAGUUUACGCCAUGUAAUCGAGGCGCCUUCCUCACUGAACCUGUACCUGGUCCAAGUAAAUCAUCUACCCAUCCUCAAGAAGCCGGAAUUGGAGGCAUCGACGGUGAAGAUUUGAUUUGUACUCAAUCAACUUCUCUAACAAAUGUCCCUCCUAUUGAUGAUUUAAUCGACAUUGCCAUUACAAAGGCGCCGAAGCUCACCUUCAACAGCGUCGCGAAGGUUAGUCGGGUGGCUCAAAAUGCACCAGCGUUCAAAAUUCCCAAACGGCGUCCAUCAACGACGCAGAAAGAACCUAGUGAUUCCAUACAAUCCAUUCUGGAGAACAUCACGUUCCCUGCGACUACCGCCUCGAAGUUGCCACCGAUUGAGCAGACAACUACAAACAAUAAUAUGCCAGCCUGGAAGCGACCGAGUCUCCCUACUCCUACCUUCAGCUCAAAUGCCCCACGUUCUUCCCACUUGAAAUCCAUAUUGAAAUCUCCUUGCGCAAAACGUGUUCCAAAGAAACGAGUCAAGUGGAGUGAAUCUCUCGUCCAGACACGUACCUUCGACAUCGAAGAGGGACAUUAUAUGACGGUCCAAACCAAAAUGUUCAAGGACAAUACCAAUUUCUUCCGGGAUAUGUCGCAGGAGAGCUGCCAAAACGAAAUCAUCAAGGACAUUACCGGCUGGAAUGCCGAUUGGUUCGAUAAUCCAUCAGCGGCGGCCAUCAACGGUAAUCAACCGCUUCUUCCCAUGGUGGAAGAGUAUGCCGACUUCGAGGACUACAAGCGGAUCGUGCUGCCGAUUCUGAAGACCGAGUUGUUCCACGAUAUAUUGGGCCAGUACGUAGAGGUGAAAAAGCGGGCUCAGGAACCGAUCCAGAUGAAGGUCAACCAAAUUCGCGGUCAGGGGCGGACGUUUGUGAUGAACUGCAGCGUGGAAAGCAAUAAAAAGCAAUCUAUCAACAACAAAGACUACGUGCUGAUAAUAUUCAGAGAUCGAAGCACCGGCAGGGAUACGCGUUUUCCAGCCGUGGUCACUGGACGUCGUCAGCAGAUUCAAUACUCGGAAGAAAACGGACUCAAGUUCUUCCAUGCCACCAUUGAAACUGCCAAAACCUCCCUAUCGCAGAGGAUAAAGGACGGACACGGUGAACAUUUUCGCAUCCUUGCGCUUACGCAAAUCAACUUACACAUGCGACAGUUUCACGUGCUUUUUAACCUUCAAAAUUCUCCCUUAUUGGAAAACAUACUCUCACCAAAGAGCAAUUUCUAUAGUAAUACAAUUGAUAUCGACCGGAGCACCUACAAAGGAAAGGUAAGUAACGGCUGGCAACAGCGAUUCCCCCAUGAAUAUCAAUUAACCAUAGAUCAUAUCCGAAAGGAGGCGCUCAACGUUCAGCAAGGCGAUAUCCUACUGAGUGUGUUCCAACAAUGUUUAGACAUGAAUCGACCGCACAUUAUGCUGAUACAGGGACCGCCAGGCACAGGCAAAUCGAAACUGAUCAGUAAUUUGAUACUGCAACUGCGAAGGGGUAUUCCUAACCGUCGUCCAAAAAUACUAGUCUGCGCACAGUCGAACACUGCCGUUGAUGUAAUUGUUCUGAAACUGAUGAUGUUGUUUAGGUUACUGAAAAAGGACGAACGUUGUAAUCUGCUCCGGACGGGUGCAUCGAAUAAGGUCCACCAUGAGUGCAGAAUAGUGUUUCUCGAUGACCUUGCCAGAAAACACGUUGACGAGCAAAUCCGGUGUCGAAAGCUUCGAGAUGAUGAUCCAAUAUACGAGACCUAUUAUUUAGAGGUCGCAAAUCUCCAAAAAAGAAUUAAACAUCUUCGAUGCACGAGUCAUCAGGGUGGAAGUUUACUACAGACUACCCGCUUGCAAGAUGAGCUUGACCAGCUAGAAGCUCGCCUAGAUCAAAUAAAACGGUUGCUUCCGGAAAACUUUGAAGACAUGGACCUGUACGACAAAGAGCGCCGAGGCAUGGAAAUGCAUGCCAAGAAGCAGUUCGUGGCCAAAGCAGAUGUAGUCUGCACAACGCUGGGAAGCUGUGGCAGCUUAACGGAUUACACACAAUCGUUGAGGUUCGACGUAUGCAUCAUCGAUGAAGCAACGCAGUGUACAGAAAUCGCAUCUUUCACGCCUCUUCAGUUUGACGUUAAAAAACUCAUAUUGGUGGGCGAUGUCAAACAAUUACCACCUCUUGUUUUCGGGAAGGAAUGUGCGGAAGCUGGUUUGAAAAACUCACUAUUUUCAAGAAUCCAGAACUCAUUUAUCGGUACAAAUUUGGAAGGUGUGAAAAUGCUUACCACGCAGUAUCGAAUGCAUCCAGAAAUAUUAAAAUGGCCCAAUGAGUAUUUCUACGAUGGAAAGCUAACAAGUGACCCCAAAGCUACCAAAUGUGAUGGUUUUCCAUUUAAGCCGUAUACCAUCUUUAGCCUAGAAUGCCAGCAAAAUCAGACGCAGAUGGAGCAUCAAAUAUACAAUAAUGAAGAGAUCCAGUUUGUUUUAAAACUCCUCACCGAGAUCAUUCAGUUCUGUGACAGGCACACGUCUAUUGCCAUUAUCACACCGUAUUCUCGCCACAAACGAGAGUGUGAGAAGUUCCUUCAGGCAAAGAAGAUUACACAAGUGUCGGUCCUGUCGAUCGACUCGGUUCAAGGUCAGGAAUACGACGUCGUGGUGAUUUCUCUAGCGAGAUCCAUUGGAACCGGUUUUCUGGACAACCCUCAACGACUAAAUGUGGCUUUGACAAGGGCUAGAAAAUGUUUAGUUAUGUGUGGCAAUUUUGCUGAUUUACGGGAUGCAAAUGUGUGGUCUGAUUUAUUGAGAGACGCUGAACAUCGAAAGGUGCUGUAUCACAUCGAAGAGGACGACGAGUAUGACGAUGUAGACACUUUUGUAGAAAAAGUCAUGCGACAUCUACGAAAAAGUCCCACAGCUGAUGCCAUAGCUUAGAGCGCUUAUUCCGUUAUCAGUGAAAGACUGAAUAGUUACGUAAAAUUGUGUAAAUAUAUUUUGAUAUAUUUUAUUUAGUUUGUUUAAAUCAAGACAAUACAUGUAAACAAACAAGUCGUGUUGCUCUUGUAAACAAAUUUAUUUUGAACAGACAUAGUAACUUAGUAA